GUUUCCAUUCAACUCCACUCCACUCCAUUUCGUUGCUACUUUCAGGAAUACGUAAAAGCAAGGGAAGAAAUGGAGAGCAUAGUGAUUGAGAGAAGGAUAACCAAGUGGAAGCAUCUGAAACAGAGGCUGGGCUUGAAGUCCAUGGCCAUGGGUUGCUGCGGAGCCACCUGGAAUCCCAGACCCAGAAUUUCAACCAUUUCUAUCCUCGAUGAAGAGGAACAAACGCCUCCAACGCAACAACUCACUUCCAGAUUCAACGCCGUUAACAGUGCCACCGUCCCGCUGUUGGUUGGCCGCCGACAACGACGGCAGAAUCAAGCGAUGCCCACCAUCACAUCAGCCACAGGGAUGAACUUGGCAAUGGCGCUGGCAGCUGAGCGUAAUUUGCGGGGAGACAACGACAACGUGGGACCCAGUCCGACGGAUCAGGUAAAGACGUUGAGGAGAUUGAUUGAAGAAACGGAGGGAGAUUGGACACAACAGAAGACGAAAAGGAAUGAUCAGGAGAAUGACGGUGAUGAAGGGAGGAGGGAUUGGAUGUGCUGCGUGUGCAUGGAGAGGAAGAAAGGAGCGGCAUUUAUUCCAUGUGGGCACACCUUUUGCAGGGUUUGCUCCAGGGAAGUGUGGCUCAACCGUGGCUCCUGCCCUGUUUGCAAUCGCUCCAUUCUCGAUAUUCUCGAUAUCUUCUAAAUUUCAGACCCUUUUAUUUGUUUGAUUGUUUGUUAUUUAAUUUUUGGGUUUUGCUGGAGAUUCAUGGAAAUAUUAUUCCAGGUUGAG